UACUUGGCAACAUUUAGAGUACAGUCAUGUGGACUACUUGGAGUAUUUAAAAGUGAGGAAUGCUGUUUAGAGAAAAUGCCACAGCAGAAACCUUUUCAUGGUAUGUGGGCUGCAGGGUAUGUACAGUAGAAUAACUACUGUGGAGCUUUAAUUUACUUCAAGCAGAUAAAAUCACUUAGUGCAGGCUCUGAGUGGGUCAACUGGCCUUUGAGAAGAUUUCAAUUUUGGGUAGAAACUUGCGCUCCAUACAGCUGGUUUAAUACUCACAGGACUUGGAAAUGGAAAUUUUUCAAUUCUGACUCCGGCCCACCGAGGGACCCAGUCCACUCUACCCCACAGAGAGCUCAACUCUAUAACCCUGGCACUGAGCUGAGCAGCUGAAGAGGGACACCACACUUCACUGUGAAGAAGGAAGGGGGGGAAAUGGGAGACUACGAUGAGGAAACUGCAUUUCUUGGACAAAUCGGUCCUUACUUCUGGCUCACUUUCUUCCUCUUGAACACAGUUUUUGUGUCAACCGGAUUCAACGGACUUUACAUCAUCUUUGCAGGAGCAGCUCCAAAACACAGCUGCCUCGUUCCAGAUGUCAACCUGACAGAGGAAUGGAGAAAUGCAAUCAUUCCUGUCACAACAGUGGGUGAUGAAGUAGUUCAGAACCAGUGCAGUAGAUAUAAUCUGGCUACAGUUAAAAAUCUCUCUGACCAGGGUUAUAUCCCUGGGAGGGAUGUUAAUCUGACUAAUCUGCCACUAGAAGGAUGUUUAGAUGGAUGGAACUACAGCAAAGAAGUGUACCAGUCCACAAUAGUCACUGAGUGGAACCUUGUUUGUGACAACCAAUGGAAAGUUCCUUUUGCAUCUUCAACCCUGUUUGUGGGAUAUCUGUUUGGCUCUCUGAUCUCAGGACAACUUUCUGACAGGUUUGGAAGGAAGAAAGUUGUCUUCGUAUCUCUCGGGGCUCAGUCUCUCUCUGUUCUGCUUCAGUCGUUCUCCCAGUCAUGGAGAACUUUCUGUGUCAUGUUCCUGUUUGUUGGAGCCUCUCAGAUUUCCAUCUAUAUCUCUGCAUUCGUACUGGGUACGGAGUUGUUGAGUAAAACCAUGCGAGUUCUCUUUACGACUCUCGGGGCCUUCCUCUUUUACUGCAUCGGCUACAUGACUCUUCCUUGGAUUGCAUUCGGCAUCAGAGACUGGAGAACUCUGCUAGCAGUUCUGUCAGCAACCUCUGUGGUUUACAUCCCCUUGUGGUGGUUCAUCCCAGAGUCUCCACGGUGGCUGAUUACUCAAGGAAGAGUGAUGGAGGCGGAGGUCAUAGUGAGAGACGCAGCAAGGAAAAACAAAGUGCAGGCACCGUCAGUCAUCUUCAAAGAAUCUGAGGCUGAGGAAAUUCCACCUGGGAAGAAAUACACCAUGCUUGAUGUCCUGAAGUCCAGUAAACUCAGAUGCAUCACACUGAUGUGUCUCCUUUUGUGGAUGGCCAUAAAUAUUGGUUAUUUUGGUUUAUCCUUGAACACUUCCAACCUGAGUGGCAACCCUUUCUUAAAUUGUUUUUUAUCAGCGAUUACUGAAGUACCCGCCUAUAUAGUUUCUACUUGUCUGCUGAGGAAAUGUCCAAGAAGAGUGAUUCUGUCAACCUUCCUGGUUAUCGGAGGAGGCGUUCUUCUGCUCAUCCAGUUCAUCCCUGACACUCUACAUUAUGUUGCUCUGGCACUGGAAAUGACGGGGAAAUUUGGCUUCACCAUGGCCUUCACCAUAGUUUACAUCUACACAGCUGAGAUCUACCCCACUGUGCUCAGGAACGUCGGCAUGGGAAUGUGCUCCUCUGCAGCUCGCAUCGGCAGCAUCACCGCUCCUUAUGUCAUCUACUUAGGAACAUAUAAUAAAGUUCUACCUUACAUUCUGAUGGGAAGCCUCACCAUCGCCUCUUCUGUGGUUAACUUCUUCCUUCCCGAGACUUUCAACAAAGAUCUACCAGAAACAGUGGAGCAGAUGCAAGAAUGCCAAGGGUUCUGUGGACGAUCUGAAAAGAAGAAAUAUUUUCAAAAUGGAGCCUCACGCAAUCAACCAGUUCUACAAGAAAAACCUGAAGUGCAAACAUUAAGCCUUUAGAUUGUUUUUGUAUCUUAAGGAAAUAAAAUUUGCCUUGAUCUCUCAACAGAGAUUUGUAAAUGAAUCUUAUAAAAUAUCUGCUGUGGAUCCAAAACGGCAUCAAAAAAAGCAAAUACUGCAGUGUGUCUGGUUUUAUUUUCACUUAGCUGAUGUUUAGGAAUUUAAAACAUUUUCUAGAAAUGUUACAAAAUAAUAAAUGAAUAAAUUGUUUUGUAUCCAUUUGCACCAGGUGUGAUUGGUCAACAUUUGUUGUCUCAAUUUUUGUCUUCCAGGAAUAGUUUUCUUAUUGUAAAAAUAAAUUUUCUCAACUCAAAACCU